AUGUAUGGAUCUGGCUCCUCGUUCAGUCCUGAGACUGAGACAAGCAGGAAGUUCGGCAAGCAGAUACAGCGACAGCAGCUGGACCUGCCCGAAUAUGCUGCUAGUUUCCUCAACUAUAAAGCGCUGAAGAAGUUAAUCAAACAGUUGUCUGUUACACCGACAAUCAUUGCGCAAGGUGACUCGGGCACGACAGACCCUCAAGCUGCUUUGCGUGCAAACAAGGAGGUCUUCUUCUUUCGUCUAGAAAGAGAGAUCGAGAAAGUCAAUGUGUUCUAUCUGCAGAAGGAGGCUGAAUUCUCCUUGCGACUGAAGACACUACUGGACAAGAAAAGAGUGAUACAAGCACGCAUCAACGCCGGCUCGCGAUCUACCGCCAACUUCGUCACGCUAAUAGAGGGCUUCCAACAGUUCGACAAUGACCUCAACAAGUUGCAACAAUUUGUCGAAGUCAACGAGACUGCCAUCUCGAAGAUCCUGAAGAAGUGGGACAAGACGUCCAAGUCGCGCACCAAAGAAUUGUACUUGCAACGAGUCGCCGAAGCUCAGCCAUGCUUCAACAGGGAUGUGCUCAGAGACUUAUCAGAUCGUGCAACAACUGCUCGACUUGAGCUGGAGGCCCUCUCAGAAGGCGAGAAUAUUACGACCACUGAAGUUAACAGGCCCACGAUAGGCCAAAGAGUUGGCACAGAAGAGAGCGAUGUUGACCUCCAGGUGCUUCAAGCUGCCGCGGCCGGCAACUUGCCAGCUCUAAGAGAGUGGCUCAAUCGCUUGUCUACCUCUCCCAACCCUACGGAGAUAUUGACCAGGAUAUUCCUCGCAUCCAUAAGUGAUGCUCCUGAUGAUUCCUUGCGCAUUCUCUUGGAGUCCAAAUUUGUCGACAUUCAGGCUGAGGACGAUAUCAACGAACGCAAUUGCUUGCACGAAGCAACCAUUUAUGGUAAGGAAAGUGUACUGGACUAUGCUCUGGAACGAGGCGUAGACCCUAGCCGCCUCGACGCUUAUGGUCGUGUACCCCUACACUACGCCUGCCUCAAGGGACGGAUGUCAAUGCUCGAGAAGCUCAUCUCUGCAGCGCCACGCACUAUCAACCUCAAAGACCACGACAACUUUACACCGCUAAUCCACAGUAUCGUUCGAAAAAGAAUAGAUUGUGUCCAGUUGCUUCUCUCACAUAAUGCUGCGAUCGAGCCAACUUCGGAAGCCGACCACAUCCCACUCAAUCUUGCUUGCCAGCAUGAAUCGAUUGAGAUCGUACAGAUGCUGCUUGAACGUCGAGCUCGGUUUCUGCCCGAUGCAGAAGGCCUGUUCCCUCAACACCUCGUGGCUAGGUCAAGUACCACGGCCGAUCUAUUAAUCACGCUCCAGCAGGCAGGCGCAGAUCUCAACCAGAGAGACAAGCUGUAUCAGUGGACACCGCUCUUUCAUGCAGCCAGUGAAGGCCGCAUAGCAUGUUUGCGAAUGCUGCUCGAGCAUGGCGCCAACGCCGCCGCCUUGGAUGAGAAAGGCCUGACAGCCACUUACUAUGCUACGUGGGAAGGCCACCUGAGCUGCGCAGAUCUUCUGUGGGAGCGGCAGGUCGAGAAGAGCGUACAGAAAGCAAAUCAAUCAGUCCUACAGCCACAAGACUCUCUUGCUGGUGCAGCAAUGGACCUCGGCGAGCCAGAGCUGAUAGGCGAAGCGGACGGCAUACCAGACUUGUCGUUACCACCACCUAUCAUACCGUUGCGUCGAUACGGCCACAACUUCCUCGACACGAAAUGCUUUGUGGCGAUCAAUUUCGAACGCAGUGCAAAGGCUAUCCAGUUCUUCAACGAGGCUAGGUAUCCGGCAGCUCGCAUAACGAUAUCUUCCAAAACAUCAGAUCUCAUACCGCGAAACAUCAUGUUGCCGAUACAAGAGGAUUCCCGCUCGGUCCUGUUCCAAGUAGAUAAUCUGGCUACCUUCCAAGUCGAUUUCGAGAUCUUUCCCACAUUCGGAUCAAAGGUGAUCGCUAAAUCAGUCGCUUUGCCUGAUGUAUUCCAGGCCCUUGACAGCAGCUCCGGUACGUGUUGCUUGCCGCUCUUCGACCCUCGACUGCGUUCGGUUGGUCAGAUCUUCUUCAAUUUCCAGGUCAUCAAACCAUACAGCGGACGACCUUUGGAGAUUACGCAGUUCGCCACUUACUGGAAAGCCACGAGCGCCCUGGAAGAUAACCCUACACUCAUCACCGGGUCGAGUCUUUCAGGCGAUUACUUGCGACUGUGCGUGCAGCUGACGAGUGACGCUGUGCCUGUCAUCUAUCCGUCAUACUCGUUAGGCCACGCUGGCCUCGAUGUGAGCAUCGCUACUCUACGUUACGGCGCUCUGUCCGCUGUGGCAGAUAAUGCUCCUGGGAUGCGCUCGACAUCCGAGACGGCCAACAUUCUCGAAUGGCGAAAACAAAUCUCAACCGCAGUAGUCGCGCUAAAAACUGUUCUUUCAACUCUGCCUGCGACUAUCAAUCUCAACCUUCACAUCCUCUACCCAUCAGCAAUCGAACAACAACACGGGGUCUUUGCCUCUAAUAUCGAUAUCAACACCUUCGCCGAUGCGAUCCUGACAGAAGUCUUCGAUCAUGCGAGAGCACUACGCGACCAGUCAACGGAGCUGAGCCGCUCGAUAGUCUUCACAUCCUGGAACCCACACAUCUGCACUGCACUGAAUUGGAAGCAGCCCAACUUCCCAGUCCUGCUUUGCAACGGCCUUGGUUCGAGACCUGGCUCGGAGUCAGCAUUGAAUAGUACUUCAAUCAAAGAAUCAGUGCGCCUAGCGCAGAGAAAUAAUUUCAUGGGCGUCACCUGCAGUGCUAGAAUCCUGAAGAUGGUGCCGGCCCUGACAGAGACGAUCAAACAAGCUGGUCUGGUAUUGGUCUCGGAUAACUCUGACAGUGAGCCGUCGGAACAGAGUGUUCCAGCGGCGGGCUUUGCGCCUAUGCCUGAGGGAGUUAAUGGACUAGUCAAGCCGAAUGGGGUGUUGAGAUUCAAUGAGAGUGUUGAUAUGUGA